AAACAAUUAAUCAGUCAAAAAAUCUCAGUGAGUGUAACAGUGUGUGUUUGACGCGAAUCUGAAGCACUUUCGACAAAAGGUUUGUCGAUAAGGAGUAGUAGUGGCAAUCGAGUUUGUUGCGAGAAAGCUAAAGGAAAUUAAUUGAAAAAAAAAAAGGGAGAAGUAUUUGAUUCCCUUGUCCUAUUAAUAGAAACCCUCAGAUGUGUUUCAGCUUCAUGUUGGUGGUCAUGAUGGAAGUGGACGAAGCAGCCAGUACCAUAAAGCUCUUCGGAGCAGUGAUCCUGAAGCAGGCCAACGAGGAGAAGGAGCCGCCGCCGCCGCCGCCGCGGGAGGCGCAGGUCGACGAAGUGGCGGCGGCGAGGGAGGCCGCGGCCUCGGCGGCGCUGCCGUGCCCGCGGUGCAGGAGCAGCGAGACCAAGUUCUGCUACUUCAACAACUACAACGUCAACCAGCCGCGGCACUUCUGCAAGGCCUGCCACCGCUACUGGACGGCCGGCGGAACGCUGCGCAACGUCCCGGUGGGGGCCGGCCGCCGGAGGGGGCGCCGAGGGCCCGACUUUGCCGCCGCCGCCUCCUGCUUGUUGCAGUACCCGGCGCCGCCCUACGUGGUGUCGAGGUGGCUGCUGCGGCAGCAGCCGCCGGCGAGGGCGGGCCACGGCGGGGCUUUCAACGGCGGCCUUUGUUGACUCCGCUGGCGGCGCUCUCGUUGUCUUUAUUAAAUAUUUUUUUCCUUUUUUUUUGUAUUUUUUGGUAUUUUAAUGGUAAUUUUGAAUUAAGUUGAA